GACAGACAGCGACUUGCUUCCAGAAGGCGUGAAUUGUGCAUGAACCGAUCCGUGCUACAUAGUCGGUGAUCUUUCUUCAUCCCAUUUUCAGCGUUACAUAUUUACCGAUAUAAAUCUUAUUUUCCUACUCAAAAGAACAGAUCACAUAAUCUCCACCUCGGAUCACAUUCACAUCGGAGCAAUUUCCUCAAGUACCAAACAACUGAAAGGAACAUAAGCAAUGAUGAGAAUAGCCUUCGCCCGCGUGGCCGCCCAGGCCGGCGCAUCAGUUGGGGGAGGGUGCUGCUCAACCAUCUCAACCGCCGGCGUCGCCGUCAUGGCCCGAAGACUCUUCUCCUCCGCUUCUGCCGCCACUCCUUCGUCGACAACAACCAACACCGUGCCCCCGGUGGUAGAAACAGUUCCUCUCGUCUAUGAUCUUCACUCGCCCGAGAACCCUACGGUGCCGAACAAGGAGACUCAGCCCAUCAUCUUUAUCCAUGGACUUUUUGGCUCCAAGAAGAAUAACAGGAGUAUUAGUAAACAACUAGCCCGAGACCUAGGUCGUCACAUCUUCGCCAUCGACCUCCGCAACCACGGCGAAUCCCCCCACUCCCCCCGCCACGAUUACACCGCCAUGUCCGAGGACGUAGCCGCCUUCAUCCGCUCCCACGGCCUCAAAGACUCGACGCUCAUCGGCCACUCAAUGGGCGCCAAAGCCGCCAUGACCGUCGCCCUCACGCACCCGGACCUCGUGCAAAACAUCAUCUCGGUCGACAACGCCCCCGUCGACGCCCGCCUGGAAUCCUCCUUCGCGCGGUACAUCCAAGGCCUGAAGAAGAUCGAAGAAGCCGGGGUCUCGUCCCUUUCGGCAGCGGACAAGAUCCUCGAGCCGUAUGAGAAGAACCUGGUCGUCCGCCAAUUCUUGUUGGGCAAUCUGCAUAGGCCCCGUGUGGACCCGGGAGGGCAGCCCAGUCCUACGCUGCAGUUUAGAAACCCGUUGGGGAUCAUUGGCAAGAGUUUGGAUCAUUUGGGGGAUUUCCCCUUCAAGGACCCGCAUCGGGUCAGGUUCAGUAAACCGGCGCUGUUUGUCAGGGGCACCAAGAGCCAUUAUGUGCCGGAUGAGGUGGUGCCGCUUAUUGGGCAGUUUUUCCCGCUGUUUGAGCUGGUGGAUGUUGAGAGCGGGCAUUGGGUUAUUUCGGAGAAUCCGGAGGCUUUUAGGCAGGCUGUUCUUAGGUUCCUUGAGCCUAAGGAGUAAAGAAACUAACUGAAACUCCUGUUAUGGUAUGGAGGCAAGGAUGUUGUAUUAGAGAUAAGUAUUCGUGGAGCUAUGGGAUUCCCGUCAUACAUGACACAUGACCAUGUCGGGACAACAAAGAGACGAAACAGACAAAAGUACCGAACAUC